AUGCUGGGAAGUGCAACCAAAAGUUUCUCAGAUAUAGUAAUGAAUGGCAAAAUGAUUGAGAAUGCCAUAAGAAACGAGAAGAUAGAAGCAAGAGAGAGCAACAAAAGGUCAGCCUCGAGAAGAAAGGAAAAUGAAGUAAACAACGUAAAAGCAUACAACAAGUCGGUUACAGUGAGUCAACCAAGAAAGGUUGUUUGCACUGUCAACGUGGUUCAAGAAGACAAGAAUCAGCGUAAGGCAGUCUUGAGAAGCCCAGUUCACAUCGAUUUCGAUGUCAUACAAGGAGUUGUAUCAGAAGUUGUUCAAUGCACACGAAUUACUGGGCAUUCAAUAGAGAAUUGCAUGGCUCUCAAGAAGGUAGUUGAGAGACUCAUCAGCAUGGGUGUUGUCAAAUUUGACGACUCACCUAACACAGAAAAUCUAUUGCCUAAUCAUGCUGAUAAGGGAGUGAAUAUGAUAAGCGAAAAAAGAGGAAAAGAAGUCAAGAACGACAUUGCUGAAGUAAAAACCCCGUUGAAAUGGGUUUGGAGAGAGAUGGCGAAGAGGGGACUAGUUAUUUCAGGUUCUGAAGAAAGGUAUGAGACCAAAAGCUAUUGUGAAUUCCACCGUGAGGUAGGACAUGAGAUUCAAGAAUGUGAAGGAUUUAAGGCUCUGGUUCAAAGCAUGAUGGAUAAUAAGGAGAUGAGGUUUUAUGAAGGAGUAGGGGAUAAAAUAAAUAUUUGCGCAUCAGAGUUAGCAAUGAAUACUAAGGAAACAAGUCAUCAUGUGGUCAUCAUUUCAUGCCCUCGGAGCAAUGAGUCUAGGGUCCAGAUGACACCAAAAAUUAUAAUCCAAAAACCAUCAAAAUUUCCAUUCAAGGAUAACAAAAUGGCAGAAUUGUCAAGAGAAGAGAAUUGGAAGAAGGAGCAGAAGAAGGGGAAGGCUGUGGAAGUUGAGCCAUUGGUUAAUGAACCAGUAAAAGAGGAGGAGCUACGCAAACAGCUGGCCCGUAUUUCUAUAUUAGCUUUGCUCUUAAGUUCAGAAGCACAUCGAAAUGCACUAUUGAAAGUACUAAAUAAAACAUAUGUGGCAGAUGAUAUUUCGGUGAACAAGCUGGAUCGGUUGGCCAACAAUAUAAAUACUGAUAAUUUUAUCUUCUUCAGUGAUGAUGAAAUACCAUCUGGAGGAAGAGGUUCCACUAAAGCCCUGCACGUCACUGCCCGAUACAAAGGGUACAUACUCCUGGGGAUCCUGAUUGAUAACAGAUCUGCACUGAACGUAUUGCCUUUAUCUACUUUUAGUCGGUUACCGGUGGACAGUUCCCACAUGAAAGCGAGCCAGAGCAUAGUAAGGGCAUUUGAUGGAACGAAAAAGAGGGUUAUGGGGAGAAUUAAGGUACCGUUAAGGAUUGGCCCAAUUACUUAUGAUGUGGACUUCUUGGUGAUGGAUAUUAAGCCUUCCUACAACUGUUUAUUGGGAAGGCCAUGGAUACACUCAGCUGGGGCAGUACCUUCAUCGCUACACCAGAAGGUGAAAAUAGUAUCAGAGGGUCGGGUGAUAACCAUAAAUGCGGAGGAAGAUAUCAUCGCAAUAGUAACUGGUGAUGCACCUUACGUGGAGAUUGAUGAUGAGGAAGUGGAAUGCUCUUUUCGGUCUUUAGAAUUUGUGAAUGCGAUGUUCAUUGCUGAAGGAAGCAGAGUUCCGGUACUGAAAAUAUCCAGGAUCAUGGAGAUGGGGCUACAAUUGAUGAUUAGAAGAGGAGCUUCACCCGGGAGAGGAUUGGGAAAAAGUGAAGACAUUGGAGAAAUGUUGAAAGAUGUCCAUAUCAAUGCUGUAGAAUCAUCUGAGAAAAGGGCCUUGCUAGAGAUCUGCCCUUACGAACCUGGAAGCGAGCUAAACAACUGGACUGCGGAAGAAAUCCCUAUAGUAUUUAGGGCUUAUUCAGAGUCCUCAGAUAUCAAUGACAUGAGUGAUGCUGUCUCAAACACGGAGCUCCUUUUUGAGCAAGACAUGUGUUUAGAGGGGUCUCACGACUUUAAAAAUGACGAAGACUGUGUUAUAUCUCCAGACUUGUCGAGAAUGGUAGAACAAGAGAAUGAGCAGAUCCUACCUUAUAGGGAAUCAUUAGAAAUCGUGAGCCUAGAUGAGGGAAAAGAGGUGAAAAUUGGAACUGAAAUCACCACAAAGACAAGACAAGACCUCAUUGAAUUGCUCCGAGAAUUCAAAGAUGUUUUCGCAUGGUCAUACCAGGAUAUGCCCGGGCUAAGUACUAGCAUUGCGGUACAUCGUCUGCCCAUAAAAGAAAAUUGUAAACCAGUUCAGCAGAAGCUCAAGAGGAUGAGACCUGAUGUUGUGCUAAAAAUAAAAGAAGAGGUCAAAAGGCAGUUCAAUGCUGGAUUCUUACAGGAGAUCAAAUAUUCAGAUUGGGUAGCUAACAUUGUCCCCAUUCCCAAGAAAGAUGGAAAGAAGGCCAUAAAGGGGAGUGCAAUAGCUGAUUUCCUGGCUAGCAGAGCCUUGGAGGAUUAUGAGCCUUUGAACUUCGACUUUCCAAACGAGAAUUUGAUGUAUGUGGCAAGCACUGAAGAAAAUCCUCAAAGAGAUAAUGAGUGA